UGGCCAAAAAACAGAGGCAAGAAAAAACACUGGUCCAAAUCUCGAAAGUACCGCCUCCGCCAAGAAGCUCUAGAACAAAUGGACCGGGAAGAAAUGGAGGAUGUAAAUAUGACGCUGUACUCCGAGCUCGAGCAAGAGCUCACGAGGAAGCAUAUCAAUACAAAAAAAAAGCGGCCGAAUAUAAAGAAAACACCGACGAAUGUAGAAAAAAAUACAAAGAGCUUCUAAAAGAGCGAAACGGCCUUAAA